CAAUAGUAAAAUUCAAUCGCCGUCGAGACAUUGGGGGGUUAACACCGCAAUUUCGCAUAUAAGCAAAACGUUUAAGUGUUAAUAAUCAUUAAUUAAUUAAUAAACAAAUAUACGCAAUUGCAGACUCAGGAAAUUUGUUAUUUGAAAGGCUUGCAGUAUGCUAAAUUUACGAUCUAUAUUAGUCAUAAUAGCAAUCGCAUGUUUAGGCAUUGUUUCAGAGGCGCAGCAGAAGAAGCUUAAUGUGUUGAUAUUAUAUGAGUCGCUGUGUCCUGACAGCAUACGUUUUAUGGCAAAACAACUGGGACCAUCAUACGAUCUUCUGAAAGAUUACAUUGAUAUAUCUUUGAUACCAUUUGGAAAAUCACAAUCACAAAACAAUGGCGCUGAGUUCUAUUGUCAACAUGGACCUAGCGAGUGCGAGGGUAAUCGUUUGCAGUCUUGUAUGCUACUUCAGACGAGUGAUCAAACUACACAAGUAAAGUUUGCUGUUUGCCAAAUGACCGCUGAAGAUAAAUUAACUGGAAAAUAUUGCGCUGAAAAAGUUGGUCUUUCAAACGAUAUUGACGCGUGUAUGCACACUGAAUUGGGCACUUAUCUGCAGUUAAAAGCGGAACGUGUAACACACUCUUACGCGCCUACUUUUGUACCAACAAUUGUUUAUGACAACGUUUUCAACCAACAACUUCAGGACAGUUCACUACGCGAUUUUCGUGGCACCAUUUGCAAUUUGUUGCAGAAGCGAGGCAUUAUCGGAUUUCAUAAUCCAGCGUGCCAGUAAGAUUUUGUGGAAACGACUACACUGCGCGUAUUUGUUGCUUCGGUAUUAUUUUAUUGUUACUACAUAAUACAUUUUGCAGAUUGUGAUCUUGUACUGGAAUAGAACACUGCAUAAUUAUUGUGUAAUCUAUAGAUAUUAUUUCAAAAUAAACAAAGCAAAAUAAAC